CGGGUAGGAGGCGCGGGGCCGAGGCGCGCGGGACGCGAGGGGGCGGCGCGCCGGCGUGUCCUGCCGCGGCCAUGGGCGCGCAGCCGCCGAACUUCUCGUGGGUGCUCCCGGGCCGGCUGGCGGGGCUGGCGCUGCCGCGGCUCCCCGCGCACUACCAGUUCCUGCUGGACCAGGGCGUGCGGCACCUGGUGUCCCUGACGGAGCGCGGGCCCCCGCACGGCGACAGCUGCCCCGGCCUCACGCUGCACCGGCUGCGCGUCCCGGACUUCUGCCCGCCGGCCCCCGAGCAGGUCGACAGCUUCGUGCGCAUCGUGGACGAGGCCAACGCGCGCGGCGAGGCCGUGGGGGUGCACUGCGCCCUGGGCUUCGGCCGCACCGGCACCAUGCUUGCCUGCUACCUGGUGAAGGAGCGGGGUCUGGCCGCGGGGGAUGCCAUCGCUGAAAUCCGGCGCCUCCGACCUGGCUCCAUCGAGACCUACGAGCAGGAGAAAGCCGUCUUCCAGUUCUACCAGCGGACUAAGUGAAGGGCUUCAGCUCCAGUCUGCGCCCCAGGCCCUGACCCCCGUGUGCAGGGGUCGGAGACGCGGACAGGCCCUUGAAGCGCUCAGCCCUGCCGCUCCCGCUGGCCAGGGAGACUGGGAGACUGCGCAGCUGUUCCGUGCAGGCGGGUCCUGACCGAAGAGACAGGGGCAGCUGCACUGGGGGACAAGGGGGCUCCCUCCACUCCCUCCCUGAAUAAAUAAGUUCUGAGAACCA